CUCUGGCCUCCUCUCCGUCUGCAGUCCCGCGCCGUCGCCACCCCCCAGGGCCGAGGAGCCAGCCGCGCCUGUCCUCACCCCCAGCCCUCCCUCCUCCCCGCGCCAUGGACGCCCCAGGCCCAGAGCCCGGGGGCAGCCCCCAGGACGAGUUCGACUUCUCCAUCCUCUUCGACUAUGACUAUGCGAAUCCUUUCGAAGAAGAACCGAAUGCACGUAAGGUCGCCAACCCACCCUCCGGACUCGCAUACCCCGAUGAUGUCCCGGACUGUGGCCUCCAGCCAUACUGCCCCCUCGCCAGUCUCUCUGGCGAGCCCCCCGGCCGGUUUGGAGAGCCGGAUAGGGUAGGGCCCCAGAACUUUCUGAGCCCGGCCAAGCCAGCAGGGGCCUCGGGCCUGAGCCCUCGGAUCGAGAUCACUCCGUCCCACGAACUGAUGCAGGCAGGGGUGCCCCUCCACAUGAGAGACGCCAGCCUCCUGCUGGAGCAGCCGGCCCUGGCCGGGGCGGCCGCCAGCCCGAGGUUCACCUUGCCUGUGCCUGGCUUCGAUGGCUACCGCGAGCCGCUUUGCUUGAGCCCCGCUAGCAGCGGCUCCUCUGCCAGCUUCAUUUCCGACACCUUCUCCCCCUACACCUCGCCCUGUGUCUCGCCUAAUAAUGGCGGGCCAGACGACCUGUGCCCCCAGUUUCAAAACAUCCCUGCUCAUUAUUCCCCCAGAACCUCGCCAAUAAUGUCACCUCGAACCAGUCUCGCCGAGGACAGCUGUCUGGGCCGCCACUCGCCCGUGCCCCGUCCGGCCUCCCGCUCCUCAUCACCUGGUGCCAAGCGGAGGCAUUCGUGUGCAGAGGCCUUGGUUGCCCCGCUCCCCGGAGCCUCACCCCAGCGCUCCCGGAGCCCCUCGCCACAGCCCUCUUCUCACGUGGCGCCCGGGGAAGACAGCGCCCUGGCUGGGUACACCCCCACAGCUGGCUCUGCCGUCCUCAUGGAUGCCUUGAACAGCCUCGCCACGGACUCGCCCUGUGGGAUCCCCCCCAAGGUGUGGAAGACCAGCCCAGACCCGUCGCCGGUGUCUGCUGCCCCGGCCAAAGCUGGCCUGCCUCGUCACCUCUAUCCCACCGUGGAGUUCUUGGGGCCCUGCGAGCAGGAGGAGAGGAGGAGCUCGGCCCCAGAGUCCAUCUUGCUGGUGCCGCCAACCUGGCCCAAGCAGCUGGUGCCUGCUGUUCCCAUCUGCAGCAUCCCAGUGACUGCAUCCCUCCCCCCACUUGAGUGGCCACUUUCCAGUCAGUCGGGCUCCUAUGAGCUGAGGAUCGAGGUACAGCCCAAGCCGCAUCACCGGGCCCACUACGAGACAGAGGGCAGCCGAGGGGCUGUCAAGGCUCCAACGGGAGGCCACCCUGUGGUGCAGCUCCACGGUUACAUGGAAAACAAGCCUUUGGGGCUGCAGAUCUUCAUCGGAACAGCUGACGAGCGCAUCCUGAAGCCUCACGCCUUCUACCAGGUGCACCGGAUCACGGGCAAGACUGUCACCACCACCAGCUAUGAGAAGAUCGUGGGCAACACCAAAGUCCUGGAGAUCCCCCUGGAGCCAAAGAACAACAUGCGGGCCACCAUUGACUGUGCAGGGAUUCUGAAGCUCCGGAACGCGGACAUCGAACUGCGCAAAGGAGAGACGGACAUCGGCAGGAAGAACACCCGGGUGCGGCUGGUGUUCCGGGUCCACAUCCCGGAGUCCAGCACCCGCAUCGUCUCCUUGCAGACGGCAUCCAACCCCAUCGAGUGCUCCCAGCGGUCCGCCCACGAGCUGCCCAUGGUGGAAAGGCAGGACAUUGACAGCUGCCUGGUCUACGGGGGCCAGCAGAUGAUCCUCACGGGACAGAACUUCACGGCCGAGUCCAAAGUCGUGUUCACCGAGAAGACCACAGAUGGGCAGCAAAUCUGGGAGAUGGAAGCCACAGUGGAUAAAGACAAAAGCCAGCCGAACAUGCUUUUUGUUGAGAUCCCCGAGUAUCGGAACAAGCACGUCCGCACCUCUGUGAAGGUGAAUUUCUAUGUCAUCAAUGGAAAAAGAAAACGAAGUCAGCCUCAGCACUUUACGUACCUACCAGUCCCAGCCAUCAAGACGGAGCCCAGCGAUGAGUAUGACCCCUCUUUGAUCUGCAACCCUGCCCUGGGGAGCCAGCCUUACUACCCGCAGCACCCGAUGGUGGGCGAGUCCCCUUCCUGUCUUGUGGCCACCAUGGCUCCCUGCCAGCAGUUCCGCUCAGGGCUGUCAUCCCCUGAUGCCCGCUACCAGCAGCAGAACCCGGCGGCCGUCCUCUACCAGCGGAACAAGAGCCUGAGCCCCAGCCUGCUGGGCUACCAGCAGCCGGGCCUCAUGGCCACGCCCCUGUCCCUCGCGGAUGCCCACCGCUCAGUGCUGGUGCACGCGGGCUCCCAGGGCCAGAACCCAGCCCUGCUCCACCCGACUCCGGCCAGCCAGCAGGCCUCGCCGGUCAUCCACUACUCGCCCACCAACCAGCAGCUACGCUGCGGAAGCCACCAGGAAUUCCAGCACAUCAUGUACUGCGAGAAUUUUGCGACCGCUGCCCGACCCGGCCUGCCUCCGGUCAGUCAAGGUCAGAGGCUAAGCCCAGGCUCCUACCCCACAGUUAUUCAGCAGCAAAACACCCCAAACCAAAGAGCCGCCAAAAAUGGACCCCCGGUCAGUGACCAAAAGGAAGUACUACCCACAGGAGUGACAAUUAAACAGGAGCAGAACUUGGACCAGACCUACUUGGAUGAUGAACUGAUAGACACACACCUUAGCUGGAUACAAAACAUAUUAUGAAACAGAAUGACUGUGAUCUUUGAUCCAAGAAAUCAAAGUUAAAGUUAAUGAAAUUAUCAGGAAGGAAUUUUCAGGACCUCCUGCCCCAACUCAGACGUAGAAGCCACCCCCGCGUCCGACGCCUUCUGUCCUGGCCCUGGAGCCUCCAACCGCUCGCCUUCUGUGCUCUGCUGUCCGUCUCCCCGCCAGAGGCCGCACUGGGAACAAUGUCUGGGCGUGGAGCCGGCCAGAAGGAGCAGCUCUCUCCGCCUCUCUGUAGACACAGGAGCGCUCCCUCCUGCUGGAUGUUCAGCCCCAAGAACAUCCUGGUUGGUCUGAAGGGGACGCACCCACACACCAAGUGCCUGCUGACCAGCGCCACAUUCCGGGUGCAACAGGGCGCUGCAGCCCACCUGUGACCCGAGUGACGCGGCUUGGGGGCCUGAGCUGUGGGUGCCGGGGUGGAGCCUGCCCUGCGCUUGCUGCUCCAGUCACAGAAGUGGCUCCUCUUCCUUCUAAAAGAGGGGCUUUCAAGGCAAUCAAAAGAAUGUAGCCCUGAAAUUCAGCUUCCUCACAAGAAACCCAAGGCCUUCAUGCUUGAGACAGAAAUGGACCAUCGUCCUUAGAGAUCACCUUGUCCACGCCUGGCUGGGCCACAGCAAAAGCUUUAGUUUGGAAUUUUCUCCUUCCAAAACAAAAUGCCCUUGCACAGACAAAAUCAUCUGUUAAAACUUCUCAGUGUUAACUUAUGACAUGUGUACAUGGUUGCUUUUCUUCUCUGCUUCAGACUGCAGGCCAUGAAGGCUGGGGAUGGAGCCCUCUUGGCCUGCUUCUCUGACCCCUGCAGCCCGCACUAAUGAACGUCAGGACUGGGCUGGCCCAGCCGCAGCGUGUGACCACCUCUGCCCGGUUCUUCCUUCCUGUCUUCCUUGCAGCCAGAGCAAUGUAACAUGAGUUAGAGAGUCUUAGGCUGCAUGCUGAACGUUGAGCAGCAGCAGCCAGAGGACUAAUGCAAAAACAGAAAGUGCAGGGAUUUUUGUUAAAAUCUAAGUGCUUUUGUAAGUGUGUUCCCACCAAGAUGGAGGAAAAGAGCUGAAUUCUCUCAUGCCUAAACUCCAAGAGAAACAGGGAAGCACAGGUAUUCCCCAGAGCUCCUUAAUUUUACUUGAACCCUUUAAAGCUCCCCUGGGCCUUAGCACCCUGGCUCCGGGGCCCGGUCUGUAUCAGUCUCCGUGUCCAGCCGGGAGCCGCUCUGUGUGAGUGUGACCUUAGCCAGAGUGCGGUCUGCUCAGACCAGCUGCCUGCUGUGUGCGGUCCAUCCCCUCCCAGGCUUGCCCAGGCUCCUCUGGUUAGUUGCUGCAGACACACAGACCCUGUGCGUUUGCGGGUAGAGAGUUCUCUCGAAGCACUGGGUUUGCUUGCACUCAGUGCAGACUUCAGGGCAAACUAACAUUCGCUUCCAGCCAUUGUUAU